AUGAGCUUUUCAACACCCCCGCCUGCUGGCUUCAGAGGAAGGGCCUCUUCUGACAGCGUGUUUGUGUCCCCUGGCACGAGACGACAACCACUCAGCGCCUCUGGCACCCCAGUGCUGGAGAAUUGCCCCCAGAACGAUGAUGAACGGGAGAGGAAGCAGCGGAGGCGCUCCAGAGUUGUCGAUCUACAGUUCAGCGCUGAAUCGCCUCUGUCCAUACAGUCUCCCGUUAGCAAGCAGGCAGAGACAUCAUUGCCAGCGCUCCCACAAUUGUCCAAUGCUCAGAUUGCAGAUCAUUACUCUACAUGCAUCAAGCUUUCGACAGAAAAUAAAAUCACCACAAAGAAUGUAUUUGGCUUACAUCUCAUUGACUAUAUGACUGAAAUACUCAAGCAGAAAGAUUCUGAACUCACCAACUUUAAGGUAGCAGCUGGCACCCUCGAUGCCAGUGCAAAGAUCUACGCGGUGAGAGUUGAUGCUGUCCAUGCAGAUGUUUACCGUGUUCUUGGAGGCCUGGGCAGAGACUCUGCAACUGCAGAGCCCGAGAAGAACCAGAACACAGGUGAAGGAGAGGGAGGUUCGGAGCAUUCCAAGAAGCCCCCCAGCGAGAGGAAACAUCUGUACAAAAGCAUUGAACAAAAUCUGAGUAACAUCACUGUCUCUGAGGCAGAUCGCAAGUGUGAGAGCGAUCCCGUGUUGCAAAGAACAGCCGCCUCUUUUGAUGACUGCAGCACGGCCGGUGUGUUCCUCACCACACUUCACACGCACAGCUAUCUCAGUGAAGUCCUGUUUGAUUCCACGGUCGUUCCUCUGCCUUCGUCUGUGACUUCUGAGAUACCACGUUCUGCUCAUGUGAAAGUGGCCGAUUUAAAAUCCAUCCUUCUACGGUGUGUUGAACGGUCUGCCAUUUGCCCUUCAUUGACCGGCUUUCUCUUUACUCAGUGGAACAGUGAAACCCAUAACGAGUCAGUCUCCGCUCUACUGGAUAAAUUCAAGAAGAGUGACCAGGCAUUUGAUAUCAACGCAGAGACUGAUAAUGACCCCCAGGAGUUCAUUGAGGAUAGAAUGGAAGAGGAUUUUGAUGCUGACGUUCUAGACAAGACCAUGGUGAGAGAUCUUGGGGAAUUCUCCCAAAAGCUGGAGGCGUGCAGAAUCGCACCAGGAAGUUCAAGGGAAAACCUGGUUUCUGUGGGAGAAGGGGAUAUUGGGUCCCUGUGUCUUCAACUGUCCAUGAACCCCAGCGAGUACUCUUACUUCAGCCCCGGAGUUAUCUCCCUGUGGGCAGGCCCAGAACACUGGCGUUUUAAACCAGGCCAUAAAGGUGAUGCCCGCUCAGAGAGAGUAAGUAAAAGGAAAACAAUUAAGAAAGUGUUUGAGAUCAAUUUUGACGAGGAGAUUGAGUUUGAACUUCACUUCUGCAAAACGCGGGCAGCUACGACUCUGGCCAAGUCUACCCUCGAAAGCCAAAACAAGAAAAGCAACACCCUGCCGGCAGACUUCAAUUACAAUCCAGACGACCUCACCCGGCUGUUCCUCAAACCGAAAAUCAGGCAUGGUCCUUCCGAAGAGCCUUUGCGGAGUCCUUCAGCCACGCCCCCAGGCUCCUCCUGGGCUCUUUGGGGGACCCUCGUCUCAGCCUUCUCAGAGACGCUUGUAGCCACUCUUGCAGGUUCCUGGUGGCCGCUUCGGAGCCCCUCUUCCUGCGGCCGGCCAGAGAUGUGCGAAGCCAUCCGUUCCCUAGCCAACUUUCGGAGCGAGUGGGUUCUGUAA